AUGAAGGAAACAAUGUCUUAAUUCAUCUGUUCUGGACUUGUCUAUAAAUUAUUUGUCUUUGUUGAAUUGAUGCAAAAUGUAUAUUAUUUAUUAUAACUAGAUCUAUUUUGUUAUGCAUCCCAUUUUGUAAUUUGAAUUAGAUAUAGUCUUUGUUCAAUAUUUUAGAUAAGUGAUUCAAUAUUCUUAAUUGACCUACAUUUUAGAUGCAAUGGAUUAAAAUUAAUCUAUAAUCUUAUUAUACACAGCAUUUGGUAUAUAAAUCACUCUGCUCUUUUUAAUAGGACUAGGUGUGAACUUUGUCAAAUAAAAAGUAUAUAACAAAUUAUAAAAUAGAAAAAAAUAACAACAAUCACUUCAUACUCAUUCAAAGCUAUUAGUUUUUAUGCAUUAAUUCUCAAUACAUUUUUGCAUGUUUGUUUUAUAAACAUUUUCUUAGUAUUUCUGAUUUGUUACCCAAAUUCCUAAUAUAGUUAAGAUGUAGAAUGUUAUUCAGGUUUAUAUAUACUUCAUACAGUAAUGGCAGCUUUAGGUUUAUUUUUAUACUUUAUAAUUCAAUAUUAUUUUUCAACUUUUUAUAUUGAUUUAAAGUAAAUGAUAUUAUAUUAUAUAAUAGACCUUUCUCAGAUGUACCUUUUGCAUAACCAUAGAGUAGAUAUGAUUAUAUGAAGAUCUUAUUUAAAUGUGCAAUACUAUUAUUCAUUACUAUUGAUUACAAAGCUGAAAAUCCUUAAACUUAUAUAAUAUUUGUACUGAUAUUAUAUUUUAUUUUACUAAUGUUUAGAAUUUAUGAGCCAUAACAUUUUUAACUAGAUAUUUAUAACUUUUUGAUUGCUUGUGAUGUCAUUUAGUUUAGUUUGGCUUUUUCAUAUACACUUCACAAAUUCUUAGAUAAUGGUGCACCUGAUACAGUUGGAUUCUAUUUUAUAUUGGCAUCAAUUCCAUUUAUUUAUUAUUGUGCUAUCUAAAUUGGACAUAAGAAGAAUCAUUUUUUUUAAGUUAAAGGAAUAAAGAAAUUAAGUGAUCCAAAUUAACAUGAAUAACUAUUUAAUUAACUAAUAUUUAUUAUUGAUCGAAGAGAUAAUCUAUAGAAUUAUUUAUUAUUGGAAGGGAUAUUAGUAUAACAUAUGGAAACAUGUCAAAAUUCAAAUUGUUAAUGUUAAUAUUUAAGUGAAUCUAAAUCAAAAGAAUUAGAUGAUUUAAUAUGGUACAAAUUUAUAAUUUAAAUGAUUGAUUUAUCAAUUACUAAAUUCCCUAAAAGUUGUAAAUUACAUUUGUUGUAAUCAUAUAUUUAUAAUAAUAAAUUAAAUAACAAAUUUAAAUGUUAUUAUUCACUAUAACAUAUUAAAUCAUUAGAAACUACAUUAAAAGAAGAAUUUCAAUCUUAUAGAGAUUUACAUACACUUGAAGAAAUAAUGUAAGAAGAAGAUUAAAAAGCUGAAAUUAUUAUUGAUGUUCUUUAAGUUGUUAAGUUUCAGAAAUAUUUUGGAUAAUUUUAAAAUCUAUUAGAAGAAUCUGUUAAAAGACAUUAUGAAUUUUGGUGUGAAUUAUAAGAAAAUAAUCCAGAUAUUUAAAAAUUAUUUACUUUAGGUAGUCAAAUCACUUAAUCAGUUGAAGAUGUAAAAGAAUUGUAUGAUAAGCUUAUUGAAAUUAAUCCUAAUCAUAUUAAUACUUUGAGAAUCUUUGGUCAAUUUUAAAAUGAAGUUAUUAAUGCAGACAAUUUGGGUUUAAGAAUUUUGGAAAAAGCAACUCAAAUAGAAAAUGCAUAAUUAGCAUAUUCAAAUGAAACAUAAACUGAAAAAUAUGGUGAAAAUAGUAAUACAUGUAUUAUGACAUGUUCAGCUGAGACUAAAUCUCUAGGUUUAAUAUAGAGUUGUAACAAAGAAAUUGAAAAAUUAGGAUAUCAUAAAUAUGAAUUGAUAAAUUAAUUUAUAACUCGUUUGAUGCCUAAAUGUUAUGCGGAAAACCAUGAUAAAUUUAUGUCGAAGUAUUUAGAAACAAAUGAAAGUAAAAUUGUGGGUAAAGAGAGAACAGUAUAUUGUCAACAUAAAAAUGGUUCUAUUGUUCCAUGCUUAUUGAUGUUUAAAAUUCUACCAUAAUUGAAAAAAGGAUUAAGAAUGGUGAGUUUCUUUAAAGUAUUGGAAAACUAUGAUUCCCAUUAUUAUAUCUUAUUUAAUCCAACAACAUUUUUGAUAUAUGGUUUGAGUCAGAAUUGCUAAGAUUCGUUUGGUAUACCAGCCAAUUUUUCAUAUGGUAACAAUGCUCAUUCUAAUGAUUUUACAAUGGAAAUAUUGAUUCUCGAUUUUAAUCACUUGGUAGAGAAAUUGAAGAUUUCAUAAGAAAAUAUUUAAACUGCAUUUCCACUAUAAUUGGAUACAACAAAAUUAUAAAAAUAAUUUAUUAUGGAAGAUUCAGUAGAUAGAUUAUCUUUAAUGGAAGAAGGUGAAAUAAAUAAUAAUAAUAAUUUAUUAAAUUAGAAUGGAACAUCAGAAUAAUUGAAAUCUUCAGUUAAAAAGGAAUCCUUAUUCAAAAUCUACAAAAUUAGUUGUACAGUUGAGAAAUAAUAAUACACUGAUUUAGAAGUAGCUAUUUUAAAAUUUACAGAAGCGACAGCAUUUUAAGAAGCAUCAAAAAGUGGGAAUUAUUAUUAGAGUGAAAUAAAAUUGAAAUCAAAAUAAACUAAAUACUCUUCUUCUGCUACAAAAAAAAAGGCUGAUUAAUAAAUUAAUGAAGAUUAUUUGAAUGAGGAUAGAUCAUCAGUUAAUUCAGUUUAAUCUAGUUUGAAUGAUGAUAUGCGUAGAUUAAAAGAUUUUAAAGCUUUAAUGAGUGAAAAGAAAGUGCCUAGAAAUAUUAGAACAAUUUAAAUAACUAUGUUAUCUUUAACAUUAAUUUUAUUGACUGUUUCGAUUGUUGACUUGGUAUUAAAGGGUAUAUAAAAUACUUCAUUUAAAUAUUCUUCUUAGAUAUUAUCAGAUGUUUAUUGGAGAACCAAUUAAAUGUCUACAAUUACCUUUCAUUCUAGAAUAUUGGAAAUGCUAGGCAAAGGAGAAUAUAAUAAUAGUGAUGGAUUUACAGCUUAAUCUUUGAGAUAUGAUGUAAGUAUUAUAAAAUAAUAAUAGUUAUUAAGCAGAUUGAAAAUUGUAUAAUAAUUGUAAUUUGAUACUUUGAAAGUAAAGAAUGAUUUAUUGAAAUAAAAUGUAGAAGUACCAAUUUAAUACAAUUACAAUUUUACAUCUCUUUUGAUUGAUAAUUCAUUUUAGGAAACUGAAUUAACAUUGACAGAUUCAAUAAGAGAAGCACUUAGUCAUUUAGUAAUAUUGAUUGGAACUGAUUUACAAAAUUUUAAGAUUGGUGAUUAUAUUACUCCAGCACAAUAAUCAUUCUUUUUCAUUAAUUAUAAUGGAUUAAGAAAUAUAAGAUUAGGAUUAGAAGAAAGAGCAGAAUAAUUUUAUACAUUUUUUUAAGAUUUAAGUUCUAAAAAAUUUGGUACAUUCUUAGCUUUGAUGAUUAUUAGUAUUAUAAUUCUAAUUAUAACUCAUGCAAUUGUAAUACCAAUUUUAUUAAAAGUGGAUAGAGCAAAUAAUAAGGUAUUGAGUAUGUUUGGAUUAGUAAUAUAUUUAUUUAUUUAUAUAGAUACCACCUAUAGAGAUAAAGGAGUUGUCAGAUAAAUGUGAGAAGUUCUUAAAAGAGUAUAUAGAAGAUUUUAAUGAGAAAAAGGAACUUGAAAAUAGAAUUAAUAAUAAAAAUCAGGAUGAAAACAAAAAAUAAUAAUAACAAGAUAAACAUUAUAUUGAGAUGAAUAAUGAAGAGCAUAUUGAUGAGAAAUAGAAAGAAUAAAUGGAAAAGGAAAAGGAAUUAUAGAGAUUAGAGGAUGAAGAAAAGGAAAGGUUGAGAUUAGAAAAGAUGGAAGAAGAUAAAAGAAAGAAAUAAGAAGAGGAAAAUAAAUAAAAAAGGUAUUUGAGACAUAAAAAGAAAAAGAAACAUAAAUAUAAUAUUUAAGAAAUAGAAUUGACUGAAGAUGAAAGAACACGUAUAGAAAAAUUAGAGAGAUCUAAUGAAAAGAAUGAUUCUUCAGCUCUUAUCAAGUUUAUGUUGUUUUUUAUAUUAUUUACUGGUUUUUUUGUAGCCUAAUUAGUUCUUGAAGUAACCUAUUUAAAUAGUAUAACAUUUUUAUUUGAACAUCUUAAAUUAUCUCAUUAAAGAUAUUACAUUAUGAUGUAUAGAGUUGUAUAUGGAAUAGAAGAUAUAAUAUAAGAGAAACAAAUAAACAUUGACAAUGUUUGGAUGCAACAAUUAUAUCAUACUCAAAUUUAUGAUGCAGAGAGAGAUGUAUUUGAAUCCUAUAAAUCAGUAAUUAUAUUAUUUAAAUCAUUUUAGUUUCCAUUGACUGGUUUUGAUACAUAUAAAUAAUACUAUGAUUGGUUCAACUUCAAUGAUAUGUGUUCUAAUAUUACAUUGAUGUCAUCUUUGGGUGUUACAAUUACUGAAUCUGGAUGUCGCUAAGUUUAGAAUGGUAUCUUAGAAAAAGGAUUGAGAACUUCAGUAAUUAAUCUAGCACUUUAUACAAAUGAUUCUUUAAAGAUAACUGGUAAUAAUACUAAAUAUACUAUAAUAAAUGGAAAUACCUUUUAAAUUAUAAAUGACAUUGUAAAAUAUAUUAGACCUGCUUUUAAUACCUUAAAUGAUGUUUACAUAGCAGAUUCACUUGAAUAUAUUAAUUAUGCUCAAAACAUUGAAGUUGUCAAAUUUAUUGUUUUGAUAAUAGCUUGGAUUAUCUUGUUUUUUAUAAUAUGGAUGCCAUAUUUAACUAAACUGAGUAUUUAGAUAUGGAUGACAAAAGGAAUGUUAAAUAUGAUACCUAUGUCUAUUAUUUAAAAGAAUGAAAAACUUAAGUACAGAUUCUUAUAAGAUAAUAUAAUGACUAUGGUACAAUGA